CGAACCUGCAAGUUGGCGAAGUGGUAAGGGCUCUCAAAAGUGUAGCUGAAUGCGCAGGACAAAAUCCCGACAGCUACGGAUUGCAUUCUGUACGAGGUGAUGGCUGUUUUCAACGCUGGGUAUGAUGGCCUCUCAGUCAAACACUUUGGUCGCUGGAGAUCGGCUGCUGUUGAGCGGUACACUCACAUAGGCGGCAGGCUUUCUUCAAGAAUGGCAGUUGGAAUGGUGGCAAAGCCUGCUUUGAAGCGAAAUGAAGGCGAGUUCUUUAUCCGCGGGUCAGGUGCCACCUCGGAUGAGGCUUUCGAUCGCCGGCGCGACACCCUUGUAUUUGACAACUUGGACAAAGAUCACAAGCAUGGCACUUUGGUGCUGGAGUGCUUUUCCCACGAGGCGACUCUAGAUGAUUGCAAAAAGACUGACUGCUGUGGCCUCAUUCUCGCCACUCGUAAUACCUUCUGGAACGUGUUAAAAGCAUACGAAGGCCAGAACGCGGAUGGUGUUGUUGGUGUCACUGAUGGAACCUAUCGCCUUCAUUUUGGUGAGACCUUUUCAUUUUAUGAGUAAAGUUUGGAUGGACUAACAAGCUUCGUGUUUUUACGUGACUAAGUGGAUGGACCUUGGUCGAUUUCGGUACUUACACGGCCCAC